GCAAAGCAUUGGAGUCUGACAUCACAGCACGAACCCACGCGCACCUCCAUUGUGUUUACUUCCUUCUCUAAAGUAGUCAGCGGUCUCUCACGUCCGCCAGUUCGAAUAGACAGCCGACGACAGCAGACAGACACGCAUCAUGGAGACGCUCUGAGAGAAACUACUGCUGAGAAGGACGAGCAGAGCAUCAAAAUGGAUUACAAAUACGACACUGGACUGGAACUGCUGCUGGCGCACAUGAAUGUAGAGGAAAUCAUCAACGCCGCAGAGACUCUUUAUCAGCUUAGGGAGGAGGAAGAGGAGGGAGGCUUAUCAUUUGAUGAAGAGGGUCUCUCCCAGGAGGAGAUGGAUGAGAUCGAGGAGACAGAGGAGAUGGUGGCUGAGCAGGAGGACGCGGUCAGCGGGGUUCGGUAUGGGACAGUGCCAGACAUCCUGGCCUUUGUAAACCUGCUAUCCAGCAUGCAGACGCCCCUCCUGCAACACCUGCCAAAGGAAAUAGGAGUUCUCCUAAAUAAGAAGGACAUGGCUGUGAAAAAGGGCCGAUACCAGAUCAACAUAGAUGUGCUUUUGUUUGCUUGGAGGUUGACCUACAAGAAUCCCGGCUCUGGCCUCGUGCCCAAGGGCUCAUUUGGGAAAGUCCACUUGGCUCAGGACACCACCACUAGGAAGAGAAUGGCUUGUAAGCUGAUCCCCUUGGAGAACUUUAAGGCGGCUGACGUAGAAUUCCAGGCCCGCUUCCGCCACGACAACAUCGCUGAGCUGUUCGGCGCUGUCCUCUGGGACCAGACGGUCCACCUGUUCAUGGAGGCGGGAGAAGGAGGCUCCGUCCUGGAGAAGCUGGACAGCUGUGGGCCCAUGAGGGAGUUUGAGAUCAUUUGGGUGGCCAAGCAGGUUCUGCGGGGUCUGGAGUACCUGCACUCGCACAACGUCAUCCACCACGACAUCAAGCCCAGCAACAUCGUCCUGAUGUCAGACAAGGCCGUGCUGGUGGACUUUGGUUUGGCGGUGCAGAUGACGGAGGACGUCUACAGUCCAAGAGACCUCAGAGGAACAGAGAUGUACAUGAGUCCCGAGCUGGUUUUAUGCCGGGGACACAAUACCAAGACCGACAUCUACAGCCUGGGCACCAGCAUCAUUCACAUGCAGACUGGCAGUCCUCCAUGGGUCAGAAGAUACCCCCGCACUGCCUACCCAUCCUACCUGUACAUUAUCCACAAGCAGGCCCCGCCUCUGGAAGACAUAGCAGAGGACUGCAGCGCCUCCAUGCGCUCUUUUUUGAAGCGAUGCCUGGAGAGGAACCCAACACUGCGGAGCUCGGCAUCUGAGCUCCUGAAGGACGAGGCUAUCAAUCCACCCAGGGAGGAUCAACCUCGCUGCUGGAGCCUUGACUCCGCCCUUGAAGAGGCCACCCACACACUGCCGCGGCAGCAGAGCCAGCACCACGACACCACACAAGAAUCCUCUCUAUAUUCUGAAGACUCUGGCCACAUCAAGAGGAAAGGCUCUUUGUACAUCGACCUGGGGGCUCUGUCAGGCUACCAUAAACUAGUGACAGGACCCCCGUCCUCAGAAUAUGAUUAACACCUGUACGCAAACCACCAGAGAAGCAGCUGAAAAAGAUGCUCAAGCUGGAUGUCCUUACCUCUUCGCAUUCUUUAAGCUGAACCUCAUCGGCAGCACAGCUCCUUGCUGAAGGCAGAAGGACAGAUUGCUCACGAAGGUCUCACUGCGACCUGGAGGCGACCAUUUUUACUGCUGUCGUUUAACUGGAAGUGACCUUAUGUGGCCAAAGUGGCCCCCGCGAAACAAGAGGAACAUGGCUGAAAAAACAAUUGCCAGGUCUAAGAGGAUAGAACAAAUGUUGGUCUCUGAAAAGGUACUAGCGACUUCACUGUUUGGACAGUGGAUUUACCAAAAGUAAAAAUGGACAGCACGUGUCUGGACAAAAUGAGUUGUCGUGUGCUGUUUUUACUUUAUAACAGUGUCGUACAUGUCACUGUAAAACAUGUAUGCAAUUUUUUUCUUCUUCAUUAUUUUAUUUGACUUAAGCUAUAGCUUAAAAAUAUUAUUGUUCAAUUGUGUGCAUUACACAGACUGUAAUUAGGUAGUUCUUAACGGACCUUCUGUUAAUUCCUAUGGAAUGUGAAUGUUAGCGCUUGUGCUAUGCAAAUGAAACUUCUUUACAUUGAUGAUUUGUGUUGCGUACAUCUAGAUGGAUGAUCAACAGUUGACUUCAGCGGUCACUGCCCUUGAUGCCUGAAUUUAUUUCCAGCUAUGAAAAAACAUAAUCACUUAUUUUUUGCUUUUAUGUAAAUGCUAAAUUAAGGUAAUUUUGGAGCUGAGGUGGCAUAUUUGCAUCAAUAGGCAUCAAUGGGUUAAAUCGACCCAGAAGUUCAAAGGAUUUUGGCUCACUGUGCUGUUCGAACAAUUAAAAAAAAUAAAAGUCUCAAGCUGUCUGAGUGUGUUUGAAAA